AUGGAGACAGGUGACGACGUUUUGCCUCCGGAGACGGGAGAGAGUAACGAUGGAUAUGUGAGCAGAGGCGGUGAUGUGUUCUUAGGACGUUGUGUUGGUGAUGGGUACGACUCCUGCAACUUUUUUCAAUGGUAUGAUGUGAAGGAUCCUCAUGGAUGGCAGCAUCUAGCACUUCUGGAAGCUUGGGAGAUAAUCCGAGAGCAAAAAGAAGAAAUCGAGAAGCUGAGGGAGAUGGUAACAUCUUUAACUCAUGACUCUGAAAAUUUGGAGAUCUCGAGUGAAUCAGUGGAGAGAAGUGCAGUUGUUCGCAAUGUACUUGUGGCUUCAUCGAUUGGUGUUGCUGUGGUCAUUGGAAGUAUUAUGGUGAUGUCCAAGUAUUAA